AUGAGUAAAUAAUUUACAAAAACAAAGGAUAUAACAAUAAAUUAAGGAUGUGAUGAUUGUAGAUUAUUUCCAUAAUAAUUUAAUAAACAAAAACAGAUACUAGUCAAUAAGCACGAUCAAUAUGUCAAUAUUAUUAGAAGGACUGAAACGAAUGAAUUUUCAGUUGAGCAAUCUAUUCACUUUAAGACUUAUGUUUUGUUUGGAUAAUUGAGUUAGGAUGGAGAGCAUUUUAUUACUUGGGAUGAUUCAUCUAAAGAAAUAUAAAUUAGGAAAUUUUUAGGAGAAUGA